AUGUCUCCCAACGGACAAGCAUACUUGGUCAACCCCGAUGCUGCAGAGGGUGCCACGCGAUUCCCUCAAGCUCGCCUUGCACCCCUAUCCAACCACCGCACCAUCUACAUAUCCGGCACAGCUUGCUGCCGCCCUGAUGGAACCUGGCCCGGUGUCACUGAGAAUCCGGACGGAAAGCCCACUCUCGAUAUUCGCAAGCAAACGGCGGCGGUCCUCGAGAAUAUCGACAAUAUUAUUAAGGGAGCAACAGACGGAAAGGGCGGCAUUCACAACCUCAUUGACGCUGUCGUGUACAUUCUGGACAUGGAGAGCCAAUACGCUGGUAUGAAUGAGGAGUGGAAUAAGGUUUUUAAGACCCGGGAUAGUGCACCGGCUAGAGCCACUAUUGGUGUCAGGGAGCUUCCUGACCCGAGAAUGAUUGUUGAGGUCAAGGCUGUUGCGGUUGUCGAUGUCUAG